GAGCCUCUUCCACCCCUAGUCAAUGGCCGCUAAUCAUUCGGGCUUUGAACAAACGCAAACAAAAACAACAAGAAAGAAACACCAGACAAAAGAACGUUCUGGGACCGAUUUUCCCGCAGUACGAAAACAACGGCGGACGGCUACGUCGGAAAAAGCAAUAAAUACACAAAAACAAUAGUCCCGCCGCCGCCGACGAGCGACGCGUCAUUUCCACCAUUUUUUUUUGUCCGCCUAGUGCGUUAUUUGUGAUUUUGCAUUGUCAGCGUUUCAAUUUUUUUGUGAAGAAAAAGACGGAGGAAAUAUGAAACUGCUGUUGGUGGCCACCGUGGCCUGCCUUCUGGCCAUGGGCUCCUGCGAGGAGAACAAAAUCCCCUUGCUGUCCGACGAAUUUAUUGAGUUGGUCAAAACCAAGACCAGAACAUGGCAGGCUGGACGUAAUUUUGACGAAGGCGUGUCGGAGGAGUACAUCCGUGGCCUGAUGGGCGUCCAUCCGGAUGCCUACAAGUUCGCCCUGCCGGACAAACAAGAAGUUCUGGGCUAUCUCUCCCAGAAAGUGGACGACAUUCCCAAGGAGUUCGAUGCCCGAGAGAAGUGGCCCAACUGUCCCACCAUCAAUGAGAUCCGCGACCAGGGAUCCUGCGGCUCUUGCUGGGCCUUCGGCGCCGUGGAAGCCAUGUCCGAUCGGGUGUGCAUCCAUUCGAACGGCAAUGUUAAUUUCCGUUUCUCGGCCGAUGAUCUGGUGUCCUGCUGUCAUACCUGCGGCUUUGGCUGCAACGGUGGCUUCCCCGGCGCCGCCUGGAGCUAUUGGACCCGCAAGGGCAUCGUCAGCGGCGGACGCUAUGGCUCCAAAACGGGUUGCCGUCCGUACGAGAUUGCACCCUGCGAGCACCAUGUGAACGGCACCCGGGCUCCCUGCAACCACGACAGCAAGACGCCCAAGUGUCAGCACCAAUGCGAGGCCGGCUACAAUGUGGAGUACUCCAAGGACAAGCACUUCGGUUCCAAGUCCUACUCGGUGCGACGCAAUGUCCGGGACAUUCAGGAGGAGAUCAUGACCAAUGGACCCGUUGAGGGUGCUUUCACUGUCUACGAGGAUCUGAUCCUGUACAAGAGCGGUGUCUACCAGCAUGAGCACGGCAAGGAACUGGGCGGUCAUGCCAUCCGUAUUUUGGGCUGGGGUGUGUGGGGCAAGGAGGAGGUGCCCUACUGGCUAAUUGCCAACUCGUGGAACGAUGACUGGGGCGACAAGGGAUUCUUCCGCAUACUGCGUGGUGAGGAUCACUGCGGCAUCGAGAGUUCCAUCUCCGCCGGCCUGCCCAAGCUGGUCUAGAUGGUCACAAUGGAAUGAAGUUUAGCCUUCUGCUGAUGUAUCGAGAAACUGUCGAGAAUAACCUAUUUUUGUAUUCCAUUCCGAGCUCAAGACCUCACGACGAGUGUAGUUAAAUGUAAACAGAAAACCAAAACCUGAUUGAUAAUAAAGUAUUUGAAUAUGACUGUGUA